UUGUGCUUACUAGUGCUAGCAUAAAAAGCAAUUAAUCCUUUCUCUGUAAAAGGUGUUUCUAUGGUAGCCUGUUGCAUUUAACCUUUCCUAUAAUUGCCUCAAAAACCAAUUCUUUGAUCUCCUCUUGCCUCCAUUUCUCAUGAGUUUUUUUAUACCAAAAAUGGUUCUUCAUCAUCUUAGCCUAUUCAUCUACAACAAAUCAUUCUAUCUUCCAAUCACCAUCCUACUCUCCACUGGUUUGCUAGAGGGCUACCUUUCAUCCUCACCUUGCCCUCCUCAGACCUGUAAUGGAUUGAGUAUCAAACACCCCUUCUGGAUUCCUGGCCUGCAAGAAACCCAAUGUGGCCGGGCCGGAUUCAAUGUCACUUGUCAUGACAACAAGCCGAUGAUCAAGAUCAAUGGUGACAGUUUCAUGAUUAGAGACAUAGUUUAUGAAAACGGCACGUUGUUGUUAGCUAACUGGAACGUGUUUGAUGCUGAUACCAAGUGUCCGGUUCCUCAUCAUAAUUUUAGUGUUGAUGAGACUCCGUUUAGCUACGGUCCUGCCACAACCGAUCUCUUCUUCUUCUACAACUGCACGGCUCCUUACGACAGGGAGACGUACGCUGUAGAUUGCGCUACAAGUGCUGGCCGUUACUCUUUUGCUGUUUUCCAUGUUGAACUUUUGGGGCACUGGAACUAUUCUAUCGGGUCGUGCCAGGCUCCGGUUAAUGCACCGGUAGAGGGAGAAGGUCUCGACAAACUGUUGAAAAUGAACUAUACUGAUGUACUUAAGAAAGGUUUUGUUCUACAGUGGGAAGGAAGCGACUGUGGUAGCUGUCAUGGGAGUGGGAGUGGAUUGAAUUUGGGACUCAAGAUUGGCAUAGGUGUGGGAGCAGCUGCAGUUGGUGCCUUGAUGAUGUGCAUAAUUUUCUUCAUCUAUCAUCGUCGCUACAAAAGACGUUAUGGCAAUUCAUCGUUCGUAUCUCGUGGAUCAUCUUCGUAUCCUUCUUUGACAAAUGAUCUAGAGAAGGCGGGAGUCCAUAUUUUUUACUACCAUGAACUGGAAGAAGCCACGGACCAUUUUGAUCCCAAAAGGGAACUUGGAGAUGGUGGUUACGGUGCGGUCUACAAAGGCAAACUCCAAGACGGCCGUGUUGUGGCGGUCAAACGGUUGUACGAGAACCACUACAAAAGAGUCGAGCAGUUCACAAAUGAAGUAGAACUACUUGCACGGUUGAGGCAUCAAAAUCUAGUGUCCCUUUAUGGGUGCACACCGUGCCGUUCUAGGGAGCUUCUACUUGUGUAUGAGUACAUCCCUAAUGGCACGCUUGCCGAUCAUCUUCAUGGACAACGUGCAAAGCCCGGAUCCCUCUCAUGGAUCACACGGUUGAACAUCGCCAUAGAAACUGCUGGUGCUCUAGCCUAUCUACAUGCCUCAGGCGUCAUCCACAGAGACGUCAAGAGUACCAAUAUCCUCUUGGACAAUAACUUCAAUGUCAAAGUUGCCGACUUUGGUCUAUCCCGGCUUCUCCCCACAGACGUCACUCACGUCUCAACGGCCCCUCAAGGUACCCCUGGCUACGUAGAUCCAGAAUAUAACGAAUUCUAUCAGCUUACCGAGAAAAGUGAUGUUUACAGCUUCGGUGUGGUACUGCUCGAGCUCAUAUCAUCCAAGCCUGCGGUAGACAUCACUAGGCAUAGAAACGAAAUCAACUUGUCGACGAUGGCUAUUAGCAAGAUCCAAAAUCAUGCAUUGCAUGAACUAGUGGAUCCACAUCUCGGGUUUGAGUCCGAUUACAAGGUAAGAACGAUGAUCGUUGCAGUGGCGGAGUUAGCGUUUCAAUGCUUGCAAAACGGCAGGGAUAUGAGGCCACAUAUGCAGGAUGUUGUAAACUUCUUACAGGAAAUCCACAGCAAGGAUUACAGCACAGAUGUCUUGGACAUUCCUGCAGAUGAUAUUGUAUUGUUGGAAGAGUAACUCAUUUGGUUGAUUGCAUUUUACCCUAUGAAAGCACUAAUGGACAAAAUCCCUCUCAGAAAAAAAAAAAAAAAAAAAAAAAAAAAAAAC